AUGCGGCCCUUUCGCAAAAGCAAAAGUAAAUCUAAAAAAAGUCGAUCAAGAGAUAAACAUAAACGAAAAAAUUGGCGAAAAGCACAACGAAGAAAAUCAACAAAACAUGAUGAUGAAAAUGAUAAAACGGAAUUUGAGGAGGUUGAAGUAGAACGAAGACCGGCACAUAGCAGAAUGCGUAGUAAAAUUAAAUGGAAGCAAGAUUUGCAACCAACAAAAACUGAAACCAAAACAACAACAACAACAACAACAGAAAAAACAACAACGCCAACUUCAUCGAGUGGUUCAAAUUCUUCAAUGUUAUCUUCUCCUUUGACUAGUUCCGUCUGUUCACCAGUUAUGCUAAAACCGGAUGUUCCAACACAAACAUCCAUGAUGUUAAAACCGGAUAUAACUGAAGAGGAUGCUAAUGAAUUAGUUGCCGAGGAUGAAGCUGAACAAAAAUUUGAAAAAACAAAAAAAAAGCAGCAAAAAGAAAAAUUGAAGGAAAAGAAGCGAAAAGAAUAUAAAACAUCUAAAAAACAAGUGAAGCGAUCAGCAGCAAAACCUCGUCGAAGUUUAUCAAAGGAAUCAAAGGACAUGGAAGAGCGGAAAUUUUCGGAUGAUAUUCCGGAAGAAGAAAGAAAAACUGAUGACGAAAUAGAAAAAGCUACGGAAUGUAUAGAGGAGACAAAAGAGAUUGAUCGAACAGAAUGCGCUGAUGAUAUCACACGUUAUACAACCGAAUCUGAAAAAAAAGGAAUGAAAGAAGUUACAGCUGAUUCCGGUCAAGUUACAACUGAUUCCGAUCGAAAAUUUUUACCUUUAAAGACGACAACAAAGUUACCCUCUGAUCAUUUGAUGAAAAAAGCUAAAAAACUUGGUCGGAAGAAGAUCAAAUCACUAGAACAAGAUAAAUCUGAAAAGUUAAAAGUAAUGGAAGAGCGUAAAACUGAAUUGAGCAUUCAAUCAAAGGAAUCAGAGAUAGAAUCAGAUUCUGAUUUAAGCAUAAAAUCACCAGUAAAAUCGAAUGAAAUUACUUCACAGCAACCAACUCUAUUAGUCUUGUCACCAUCGGUGCCACCAUCAAAAGAACCUGUAGCAAUACCUAAAAUACAGCAACCAGCAGUAGAAACAGUACCGAUGCCACCAGUAAUAGCACCAGAAAUAUCACCGCCAUCAGAAAAAUCUACUAUGAAAGCAGAAGCGCAACAACCACCUGCAAUAUCAAUGGCGUUAAAAGAACUAAUAAAAGUGCAGGAAACGCAGCAAUCAUCUGCAAAAUCACCGCCAUCAGAAGAAUCUAUCACAACACCAGAAGCGCAACAGGCACCUGUAGUAUCAGUUGCGCCAAAAGAACUCAUAGCAAUACAAGAAACGCAACAAUCAUCUGAAAAACUAGAAGAAUCAGUCAUAAAAUCAAAAGCGCAACAAGCACUUGCAAUAUCACUGGCGUCAAAAGAACCAGUAAAAGUGCAGGAAACGCAGCAAUCAUCUGAAGAACUAGAGCCAUCAGAAGAAUCCAUCACAAAACCAGAAGCGCCACAACCACCUGCAAUAUCAAUGGUGUCAAAAGAACCAGUAAAAGUGCAGGAAACGCAGCAAUCAUCUGAAGAACUAGAGCCAUCAGAAGAAUCCAUCACAAAACCAGAAGCGCCACAACCACCUGCAACAUCACUGGCUUCAAAAGAACCGAUAAAAAUGCAGGAAACGCAGCAAUCAUCUGAGAAAACAGAAGCGCCACAACCACCUGCAACAUCACUGGCGUCAAAAGAGCCAAUAAAAAUGCAGGAAACGCAGCAAUCAUCUGAGAAAACAGAAGCGCCACAACCACCUGCAACAUCGCUGGCGUCAAAAGAGCCAAUAAAAAUGCAGGAAACGCAGCAAUCAUCUGAGAAAACAGAAGCGCCACAACCACCUGCAACAUCACUGGCGUCAAAAGAACCAACAAAAGUGCAGGAAACGCAACAGUCAUCUGAAGAACUACAGCCAUCAGAAGAAUCCAUCACAAAACCAGAAGCGCCACAACCACCUGCAACAUCGCUGGCAACUCCAACAAAAGUGCAGGAAACGCAACAGUCAUCUGAAGAACUACAGCCAUCAGAAGAUUCCAUCACAAAACCAGAAGCGCCACAACCACCUGCAAUAUCACUGGCGUCAAAAGAACCAACAAAAGUGCAGGAAACGCAACAGUCAUCUGAAGAACUACAGCCAUCAGAAGAUUCCAUCACAAAACCAGAAGCGCCACAACUACCUGCAAAAUCAUUCGCGCCAAAAGAAUCAAUAAAAACACAAAAAACGCAGCAAUCAUCUGCAAAAUCACCGCCAUCAGAAGAAUCCAUAGCAACACCAGAAGCGCAACAGGCAUCUGUAGUACUAAUGCCACGAAAAAAACAGAUUACAGUGCCAGAAAUCAAAAUUCCGACUCAAUCAUCGAAAUCACUUAAACCUUCCGGAAAAUCAGAGACUGAUGAUUUGCUGAUCUCAUCAGCAUUAUCAUCAACCGAAUCCACUAAGAAAUUAGGAAUGAAAGUUUUAGCUACACCAUCUCUACCGGAAACAGAAACCACAUCAUUAAAAGUUGCAAGCGAAUCGCUAAAAUCAGAAAUGAUUAACUUAACUGGUGAUGUGAAACCGGUAAAAUCAACAACUCAGACAUUAUCCGUAUUGCCAUUAUCAAAAAAUGAAGAGUUAAAGCCAGCCGAAAAGUUAACAAAAUUAGCAUCAAAUGCGGUAAUUGCUGUUGCAGAUGAUGAAUCUGAAUCAUCGAAUAGUGACACAUUGGAUUCUCGAAAAGAAAAAAAGCAAUCAAAAGAUAAAGAGAACGAAUAA